AUGUCUGUUCAAAUGCCCUCCCCCAACCACUACAUUAACAAACCAAUCCCUCCAUGUAAAUAAGCAAUCCAUUAUACAAUUAGAAUAGCCCUACUAUCCAGAAAACCAUUUUAUGAAUCUCUAUUCAAUCGCCUGGUCAAAAUGGGCCUACCAGUUCUUUCUAUAAGUCCCAACCAAACACUUAUUGACUCUAUCAAUAAUGGCCUAUUAGAUAUUCCAUAACUCCAAAGACUCAUUUCUAUUAAAUUAGAGGGACAACCAUUAUCCUAUCAUCGUUGCAAACUAGCUCACUCCUGUAAGAACUUCAUCGCUGAAUAUCUAAACUCCAAAUAACAAAUAGAAUUAGAACAUAUGCUUGGCUUAAUUAAAAAGACAACCGAUACUAUUACUUUUGCUCAAAUUAAAAGGUUAGAUUAUUCACAAUUAACCUAUGAACAAGAAUUCAAUUAUGCCCUCUUCCUUAAAUUGCUUAAUAUCAAUCAUGUUCAACCAUUGCCAAAUAAUCUCACAUUCAACUCAACAGAAUUAAGUGGAUACUAUGAAAUCAAAAAUAUUUCAGAUUUAAGAGAUCAUGAAUAAGUUGAAACAUUUAUAGCUGUCAGAAAAAUGAGACAACAAAUUUAUUAGAUUAUUCAUUCUAUUGCUGAAAUUUUAGAUUCUCUUGAAUCCUUGAAUAUUGCAAGAAUUGAAGAUGCUUUUCUAAAGUAUAUCAAUAUCAAAGCAUCCUUACAAUUCCCAUUUACCACAUCCGUAAAUGAAGAUUUCAUUGAAAAGUACAUUUCUGAAGAUCUCAUUACAGAUGAAUCAGCAUAGACCUUUAAUAAAGUUUCCUUUGCUAAACCAAUAAAUGAUUAGUCCAAAAAUUAAGAUUAAAGUACAAAAAAAAUCAACAAAAUGGCUAAAGAUGAUCAUUUGAUCAAAUCAAAAAGGGAAAAUAAGGAAUCUACUAAAAUUAAAAUUAAAAAUGAUAAUCUACAAAAGUUUAUGAGAAAAUCAACCAAAAACAAUUUCAAAAAGUCGAGCUAAGAACCUUCAUCAAAAUGGGAUCAAGAUAGAUAAUUAGAAUUUGAAAAGAAAAUCUCUCGUUUAGAUUCAAAUAUUAUUUAGGAUUUCUCUGAAUUAUCACACUAAUUGUUCAACGAUGAUACUAAUAAUAAACCCAAAAAACAUCUACAAAUUAAUAAACGAAAGGUCUAUUUUGAUGUUUUUGAUUCAUGUAGAUACUACAAUGGCAAGCUAAUUGGGUAUAAGUAAGUCAAUCCAAGAUAACCUUUCUGUCAAUAUUCAUUCAUUGAAUACGAAUUAGAUUCAGAAGAAGAAGUUGCAGAAGAUGUGUAUUCUGAAGAAAGGUCUGUCGAUAUGACAUUCUCAGAGUCUUUAUAAGAAUUUAUUGAGUUCGACUAAAAAUAAUCUUUCGUCUAAAAUGAAGAACCAUUUACAUUAAUUUGUGAUCAUACUAAUUUUGAGUUAUUUCAAAGCUACAAAGCCAUAAUAUUAUCAGAUGUUACUCCAAUAUUUGAAUUUGAUACAAAAACUAAUCAAAAUGCCAAGCAAUUAAGCGAAUGUAAAUAUUUGCAAAACAAAAACAAUUAAAUAAUCUAAGCUUUAGAAAAUAUAAUAACUCCACUAAAAAAGCAAUGUCUAUAAAUAUAGGAUACAGAAUUCUUUUUAAUACCUUAAUCAGUUGAAAAACAAUGA